UAUUUAUGUAUUUAUUUUUCGAGGUAAAUUAUACCUGUGUAAUCCAGGCUGGUCUUGGAACUCAUAGUGGAUCCUCUUGCCUCAGGCUCCCAAAUCCUGGAAUGACAGAUGUACUCCACCACCCCUGGCAAUAUAUACUUUUUUUUUUUUUUUUUUUUUUUUGGUUUUUUGAGACAAGGUUUGGCUAUGUGGCUCAGGCUGGCCUUAAACUCACUGUGUAGUCCAGGCUGGCCUUGAACUGGUGGCAAUCCUCCUGCCUCAGCCUCCAGAGUGCUGGGACUGCAGGCAUGCACCACCAUACCCGACUAUGAGUUUUUUAGCAGGAAGAGUGACGGCAGGUCGUCUUUGUUGAGCAUGUGCCACGUGCCCGGCAAUGUCAUGAGCAAGACCCUGACACGUACUGGCUAAAGUGAACGUCACAGCGCCCCCCGGAGGUCACCCUUUUCCGGGUGAGGAAACAGGUGCCGCGCAGGCUGUCACCAGAAGCCACUCGCUCGCUGUCCACGGAGCCCGCCGGCGCACUGCCCCGAGCUCUGGGCGCCACACUCGGCACGAUGGCCCGGGAAGGCUCGGUGCCUGCGCCCCACGCGCGCCCGCCCCGGCUGCAGGCUGCGCUGCGCUGAGGGCCCCGCCCCGGCCAUGUUCCUGCGCCCCCUGCGCCCCGGCGCCCACAUGGUGGCGCCCGACAGGUGUCCUCGCGCCACAGGCGACUUCCGACGCCGAGCCCCGCAGCUGUUCCAGCUGGGCCAGCCCGAGCUCUGGGCGGCCCGGGGUGCGGGGGGUCCGGGGAUCUCGCGGGUGCUGGGCGGCAGCUCCUCGUGGUGGCAGGAAAGGGACGUCGGGCUGGGGGUGGGCGUCAGGAGCCCCUCGCCGCCCGUGCUGUCCACAGGGACCCGACGGGCGAAGUGCCACGUGCUGCCGCCGCUGUUCUCGCCACCCGAGCCCUGGGCCUCCUCCCCGCGACGCCCCUGGCCCGGGGAGCCGGAAGCUGUCCACAGGGGCCUGGACAGGGAGACCCCAGACCCCGUAGGCGUGCUCCUGGGAGAGCUGCUCCCCUGCAAAUUCCGCGAGUUCCUGUCCCACCUGCGGGCCAAGUGCGCAGAGGAGCUGCCGGCAGAGACUCCAAUGCCCUCGGCAACUCCAACUCCACGUCAAAGUCCGGUGUCCGAGCCCUGGCGGGAUUCUGCUCGGCAGUGUCCCAGCUGCCAGUUCCUCCCCGACCUGCGGGACCAAUUGUCAGACUUCCAGGAGAGACUUGAGAAGAUUUUGCACCACCAGAAAUCUACCCUGGGACCCCUGAGGGGUGACCACUCAGAGCUCCCCACAGUCAGGAAGCCUAGCCUGUUCUGUGGAGCCCCGGGCCCCGAGGCCAGGUCCAACCCCAACCCCUCCGGGGAAGGCCUGGGGCCCCGAAGGCGCAGCUGCCCUUACCGGGUGAGAUUUGCAGAUGAGAGCUUCACGGACAGCGCACUCCGCUACUUGGAGCGCCACUGCACAGCCCAGAACAGGCCUGCCACCCCACCAGCGGAGUCGGUGUCCAGGCCAGGGUUCCAGAGCUUCGGGAGGUGGCAGGAUGGUUUGCCCAAAGCUGAGUAUUCCUGGGCCAGAGAGGACACCACGGCCAGCUCUCCCUGCUGGGCCCAACCAGGCCUGGCUGCCCAGGAGCUGCAGGGCCACCUCUUUAAGAGCUCAUCCCUCAACAGCAGUCUGCCCUUCACCCCCAGGGCCACCACGACGAGGCCAUGGAGGAACCUUCAGGGCCUCUUGGACACCCGAAGCUUCCUGGAACAAAUGGACAGGUCACCCUACUCCUGGAGCCAUAAGCCAGUGAGCACCGACUCCAGCUGGUCCCGUGCAUUCCUGCCCAGAGGCCUGGCAGGGGCGCAGCUAUGGGGGCUUGUGGAGGCCACAGUCCCUCAAAGUUAGGGACACCACAGCUUAGAGGGUAGGCUCCCUCUAAGCCUGCUUCCUUCUUAAGGCCAGGGACCUGGCUGUUUUGUUCCUCAUCUGUAAAAUGGGCCCACAAGCCAGAGGUGGUAGUACAUACUUAUAAUCCCAGCACUUGAGAGGCUGAGACAGGAGGAUAACAGUGAGUUUGAGGCCAACCUUGGCUGCAUAGGGAGGCCCCACCUAUCUCAAAAGACAAAACCAAAACAAAACAAAACAGGGCCAAAACUCCCACAAAAUAGGCCUGCAGCAGCACCCACCCACCCACUUGACUUUAAUGCAGAAGCCAUAGGCCCUGGCAGGCCCCUGAGUCUCCCGAGGUCCCUGGUGGUGACCAGCCACCCUCCUCUUCUCCAUAGGAACCCUUUCUGCCCAACCUCGUGCUGCAGUCCAUCCUGAAGCGCGGCUACCCUAGGGGCUACUAGCUCUUCCUGCCUCCUGCAACUCUGAGUGCCCACGGGCACCCCAGCUGAGGCUGCGUGCCAGCAGGGCAGUAAGGAGCGUCCUGCCUCAGCCUACAAAUAAAAGUACAUCCCAGGUGGCUGGGAUCUGCCACUAGUUCUCACAUACAGUACAA